UAUCAAUAAUGUAAAAUAUUAUUUUCAAAUCAAACCAAUAAUUUUAAAAACAGAAUUAAUCCUCAAAAUGUAAUCAAGAAGUGUCACAAACUAUAAAUAAUAAAUUCUAUUAUAUAAUAAAAACUUUGAAUACAAUUUAUAUUAAAUUAAACAAUAUAAUAUUCUUGACAGUAAGUGAAUUUAACAAGUGUUUAAUUGAUUUCCGUGUAAUAUUAUGUUGAAAUAAAUUUAAUCAUAUCAUACUAUACUAACAGAAGUUACAAAUCAAAAUAGUAAUAAAUAACUUUUUUUUUGUUAUCUAUUGAAAAUUAUAAUUCACUUAACAUUAUGUACAGAGUAAUAGCGGAUGCAGAUAAUAAAGUAAAACGACCUCAAAAUCCAAGAAAAAAUGCAAAUAUUUUUGAAAUUAUUUCAUUUAGCUGGUUAUUAAACAUAUAUAAGACAGGACAAAGAAGGGACUUAGAAGAAGAUGACUUAUAUAUGACAUUAGACGAUCACAGUUCGUCAAUGUUGGGAAAUGAACUAGAAAAAAAAUGGAGAUUAGAAAUAGCGAAUGCAUAUAAGACAAAUCGAGAACCUAGUCUAUUGCGAACUUUGAUUGGAAUAUUUGGAUAUAAGUUUAUGUUAUAUGGAUGUUUACUAUUCGUUGAUAAAGUUAUUUUAAAAUUAACUCAACCUUUACUUAUUGGUGGAAUAUUAUUAUAUUUUAACUCAGAUGGUUCUAACAAAACGAAUUUGGAAAAUGCAUUACUUUGUGCAUUUGGUUUAAUCUUUAGCAUGUUCAUUUCAAUAUUUUUGUACCAUUCAGCACAAAUUGAAAUCCUUCAUUGUGCAAUGAAAGCUCGAGUUGCUUGUUGUUCGAUUAUAUAUAGAAAGUCAUUACGCCUAGGAUGCACAGUUAUUGGUAAGACUACGGUUGGCCAAGUGAUAAAUUUGUUAUCAAAUGAUGUAAGUCGAUUUGAUAAAUCGGCUACAUUUCUACACUACUCAUGGAUUACUCCAUUGCAAAUUAUUGUGGUCACGUAUUUCUUGUGGCAGGAAAUUGGCGUAUCUUCAUUAUUAAUCAUAGCUAUACUAUGUUUUAAUAUUCCGAUGCAAACAUGGUGUGGGAAUAAAAUGAAGGAACAUCGAAAGAAGACAGCUACAAUUACUGACAAACGAAUACGUUUAAUAAAUGAAAUAAUUUCUGGCAUAAAAGUAAUCAAAAUGUACACUUGGGAAAUACCUUUUGGAAAACUAAUUGAAUAUAUGAGAAAGAUGGAAAUUCGACAUAUAAGAAUAUCGAUGCAUUACAGAAAUGCUGUUUAUAUGUUAACAUUAAUUCAAUUAAGGUUACAACUAUUUUUUUGUAUUUUAUCAUUCGUAUUACUAGGAAAUUAUAUAUCAGCCCAAAAAGUAUAUACCGUAUUAUCUUUGUUGCAAGUAAUAUACCCUUGCAUACUUUUGUUUUGCCAAUCUAUACCAGAAAUAUUCGAAUUGCAAGUUUCAAUGAAACGUAUACAGGAUUUCUUAUUAUACGAAGAAAAGGAUAAUCGAUUACCGAAUAAAUUAAAAUCUACUGAAUCAAAAAAUAGUCUAGACAAACAUAUUAAAAACGGGGAAGGUGGGUUAAGAAAAAACAUUGAACUUUCAAAUAUCCAUAGCAUAGUAUUUUCAAAAGCAACUGCUAAAUGGACAGAUGAUCAAACUUGUAACACUCUAGAGAACAUAAAUAUUUCUGUGUCAUCUAGCCAAUUGAUUGCAAUUAUUGGGCCUGUGGGUGCUGGAAAAAGUUCGCUAUUGCAAGCUAUUCUACAAGAAUUACCACUUUCUGAAGGCUUCUUAGACGUACAUGGUGUAAUUUCUUAUGCAUCGCAAGAGCCAUGGAUAUUUUCUAGUUCUAUAAAACAAAAUAUUAUAUUCAAUUCACCAAUAGAUGAAGAUCGUUACAAACAAGUAUUAAAAGUAUGUGCAUUGAAAAAUGAUUUCGAACAGUUUCCACAUGGCGAUAAAACAAUUGUGGGAGAAAGAGGAGUUACUUUAAGUGGUGGACAAAAAUCAAGAAUAAAUUUAGCUAGAGCCAUCUAUAAAAAAGCAAAUAUUUAUUUAUUGGACGACCCUCUUUCAGCUGUAGACCCACACGUUAGCAGUCAUUUAUUUGAUGAAUGCAUUAAAGGUUUCCUCAAAGGAAAAACAUGUUUAUUAGUUACACAUCAAAUACAAUACUUGGCUAAGGUUGAUAAAAUUCUUCACAUAGAUAAUGAAAAUGUAGUAGCUGUGCGCACUUAUGAAGAAAUUCAAGCGUCUGAUUUGAGCUUUUUAAAAUAUCUUCAAUCCCCCGUCACACCCGAUAAUCUUAUUGAUAAUGAUUGUGAUUAUAGUGUUGGCAAAACGUCUACAUUAGAUCGAAAAAUAUCUAUAACGAGUAACGUAUCGUUAUUGUGUGAAAGUAAAGAAAAUAUAAAUCAUGAAGAACAAGUGGAAAAUGUUGAAAUGCGAUCUUCAGGAAAUAUUUCAUGGGAUACAUAUUUGGCAUAUUUUAUGGAUGGAAGGAAAAAAAGCAAACUAGUAUAUUUAAUAUUUGCAUGUGUUUUGUCUCAAAUUGUAGCAUCUAGUGGAGAUUUAUGGAUUUCAUAUUGGGUAAAUCUAGAAGAAACAGUAUUUCAAAAAGCGAAUUUAUCUUCACCAAACAUAAAAAACUCAAUCACAAUUGGUUGGUGGUCAAUAAAUCGAGAAACGUGUAUUUAUAUUUUUACUGCUAUUACUCUCCUUGUAGUAAUAACAACCAGCUUUAAGUCAUUAAUUUCUGUAUCGGUAUUUAUAAAGGCUUCCAUAAAUUUACACAAAAAUAUGUUCAACGCUUUGAUCAGAGCUAAAAUGAAUUUCUUCAAUACAAAUUUGUCUGGUUCUAUUCUUAAUCGCUUUUCUAAGGACAUGGGCGCUAUUGAUGAGAUUUUACCACAAAUCAUAAUUGAUUUUGUUUAUCUUGCCUUAAAUUUAGUAGCAGUUGUGAUCAUUGUUGUUUAUGUUAACAUUUAUUUAAUACUACCCACUGCCAUCAUUGCGUUUGUCUUGUACAAGAUGACAGUAUUUUAUUUAUCAUUGUCUCGCAGUGUAAAACGGUUGGAAGGAACAACUCGUAGUCCUAUUUUUACUCAUUUGAAUGCUAGUUUUCAAGGUUUAACAACUAUUAGAGCAUUCAGAGCAGAAAACAUUUUAUCAAACGAAUUUGAUGUUCAUCAAGAUUUACAUUCUUCAGCGUGGUAUUUAUUUUUAACAACAAGUAGAUCAUUUGGACUUUGGUUAGAUUUUACUUGCUUUAUCUAUACAUCCAUAGUUGCGUUAAGUUUCUUAGUAGUAAGCAAUAGUAUAUUUGGAGGAAAGGUUGGUCUUGCUAUUACACAAUCUUAUGGACUAUCUGGUAUUAUGCAAUGGGUGAUGAGACAAGUGGCUGAAUUAGAAAACCACAUGACGUCAGUUGAAAGAGUACUAGAAUACACAAAUAUUCCACAAGAAAGUUCUAUUGAAUCAUGCUCAGAUAAAAAGCCACCAUUAAAAUGGCCUUCAAAUGGACAAAUUUCAUUUAUAAACUUUAAACUACGAUAUGAACCGAAUUCACGAUGGGUUAUAAACCAUCUUAAUUUAAACAUCGAAUCAAUGCAAAAAAUAGGAAUUGUUGGUAGAACUGGUGCAGGAAAAUCGUCUUUAGUUGGAUCAUUAUUUAGAUUAGGUUUUCAUGAAGGUAAUAUCAUCAUUGAUGGUAUAGAAAUUCAUGAAAUUGAUCUGUAUGAGUUACGGUCUAAGCUCACUAUCAUUCCUCAACAACCAGUAUUGUUUUCUGGUACAAUUCGAAAAAAUUUGGAUCCUUUAGAAGAAUACUCUGAUUGUAUAAUUUGGAACGCAUUAGAUGACGUUGAGCUUAAAGUUGUUGUUGAAAACUUACCUGACGGUCUUAACUCAAAAAUGUCGGAAGAUGGUACCAAUUUUAGUGUUGGUCAACGGCAAUUAAUAUGUCUUGCUAGAGCUAUUAUUCGAAAUACUAAAAUUCUUAUACUGGAUGAAGCCACUGCUAAUGUUGAUCAACAAACAGAUUUAUUGAUUCAAAGAACUAUCAGAAAUAAAUUCCAAACAUGUACUGUCUUAACGAUUGCUCAUCGGUUGAAUACUGUUAUUGAUUCUGACAAGGUGCUUGUUAUGGAUGAAGGAACAAUGGUCGAAUUUGAUCAUCCUCAUAAUUUAUUACAAAACAAAGAAGGAGUUUUUUACAAAAUGGUGGAACAAACAGGACUAGAUGCUGCUGAUUUAUUACAUAGAUUAGCUGCAGAGAAUUAUAAAACAAUGAAUUUAAAUAUUGAACCUUAAUGAAAAUCAUUCAUUCAGAAUGUAGAUAAAUCUUGAAGAAAAACUCAUUAGUAUAAAAAUUAAGUUAAUGUUUAUAGUUCACAUUGAAGAUAAUUAGAUUUGACAUUUAAGCAAUGGUUUUAAAUCGAUGUUAUUAAAUAAUAAAAUAUUAUUAAAAUAUUAAAUCAUUAAAAUAAACUGUAGAAUGUUGAA